UUUCAUCUGAAUGAUUGAAACGAUAUGCCUUUUUAAAAAGCACGCAACCAAACGUAUAGUCACUCAUAAAGCAACUUUAUCCGCUCAUCUGAGCACGAUUCAGUACUGCGGCGAAAUCAAGCAAGCCUAGUCAGCCUCUUGUAUUAUGAAAGAAGCACAGUCCUCGCGGGACACGAUUUAAUCCCUAUCAGAGACAACAUAGGGUAAACUGGUUGAUAACUGAGUGGUGUGAAUACAAGACAGUUUGUGGAGCAAAUCCACUUAUUUUCAAGAGGCUCUGCCCCUUGGUAUUCGGUAACCUCAUCCCAGGGAAUGGUCUAACUGACGCCACAAGGAGACAACUGGGAGUAUUCUUGCUAUUGUUUUCGGUUGUUGGUCGCAGGGGCACACGUGGAAGAGGUAGGACCUACAUACUAAAGUGAAGCUAGAAGAAAAGGGAGUUAAAGAAAGGAAGAACCUCGACAGCACCAAUAUUCCCAGAAAAUGACAAAUUCCUCGUUAGAAAAUGAAGGCAACGACACCACUAUGGCAAUGUGCGGAGGUAGAGGGCAGGGGGAUUCUACAGUGUCAUUACAAGCAACCUUAACCCUACUGUAUGCAAUCAUCUUUCCCAUCGCUCUUUUGGGAAACUCGCUCGUUCUGUAUGUCGUAUUCAAAAGACAGAGCAUGAGGAACGUGUUGAACCUUCUAAUUGUCAAUAUGGCAGUUGCUGACCUUCUGGUAACGAUCUUCGUUAUACCUUGGUCUGUAUCCUAUCUCUUUGUGGGACUUCAAUGGUUUGGAGGAAUCUUCGGCAAGAUUCUCUGCAAGACGAUCCAGUUCUCUUUAACGACGUCGAUCGCAGCGUCAGUGAUCACACUUAUGGUUAUCACAGUGGAUAGAUUUCUGACCAUCGUGUUUGUUUGGAAAACUUGUCUUAACCUGAGAACUUCAAAAGCCUCUUUGGCUAUUAUCUGGAUUAUAUCGAUUGCCAUCAUGGGACAUUAUCUUAAAGUGUUCACAGUCGACCAACCACUAAAGAACAUGGGAGACGAAAACUAUUACUGUUACCCCAACUGGCAGACAAUGCCUGAUGACUUCGACAAAUACUUUAAUGUUGUUGCCUUUGCGGCGCUGUACGCGUUUCCCUUAAUUCUGAUGGCAAUUCUGUACUCCUUGAUUAUUCAUAAAUUAUGGAGCGAAAGAAUUGCAAGCGGAGGCGACUCAGAUAUUAAUAGCUCCAAGAAACGAGUGGUAAAGAUGCUGAUAACAGUAACACUUGCCUUUGCGGUGUGUUGGCUCCCUAUGCACAUCAUACACUAUUACAUACACUUUGAACUCGAGACAUUUACGUGCAUGUCAAAGUAUCUGAUUUUGCUGUCGUUCUGGCUUGGACAUGCCAAUAGCGCCAUCAAUCCAGUACUUUACGUGAUUUUCAAUAAGACCUUCCGCCGGGCGUUUCUACAUGCCUUGCACAUCCAGUCGUUCAACAGUAUCAACUUGAAGACUUCCAUUGUACGGGUAACAUCAAACAGAAGGCCUUCAUCGCCCUUUACACCAACUAGGAGCUCUUUCAUAACCGGAAAUAAUAAUGAGGAAAGCCAUCCCCAUACUCCGCCUAUCUCACAUUCGCGAUCUCUUAAAGAGAUUUAUGCCUAUGGCAAACUGAUACAACGGAACGACAACUCUAAAUCAUCUAAUUCCUGCUCUGAUGACGGCAAGACAAAUCGUCGCUCCAUAAUGGUUGUAAUGGACAGAAUGACAAGUGUCUGAAGUAAAUAUCAUCAAAAUCAGGACAUAGUAAAACGGUGAAAUGUCUGAAGUGCUGUAAUUAUUAAGAUGAAUUCGAAACCUGAUCAUUCAAUCCUGGGUUUGAAGAACAGUAGGAUUAGAAGUAUCUAGCUGUAGUUUCUUGAAGGAUUGGACUUUGUGUUGCAAAUUUUCAGUGCCUUAGGUGGACCAGGUGUAACAUUUUGAGAAUGUAUACAAAAAGGCUGGGUCCGUAUAAACCAACUUAAAGAAUAAUCAUCGACAGCUAAAGGCAGGAAUAAGAUUGGCUAAUCAUAGGGGUACUCUGCAUCUUAUUCAAACAUUAGUUCAAUUAACUAGCAUAAAGUACUGUUUACUUUUGACAUUAGAAGAGUGCUUUAAAUAACAGGUGAUUUUUAGGGAUACAAGUAAAUACAUCGAAAAAGUUAAGUGUCGCUAGGUUGACAUUUUGCGACUACUAGUCUAAAGAAAUAAAACACUUGAAUAUAUAGAGCUAGAUUGUACUUAAACAACUCCAUUAAAAUAAUAGAGAGCUGUUUAAUUUCGAACCAUUUGUAAAUUGACCAUGCUCCGAAGCCCAGAUAUGCUUCUCCCUGUUUCAACAGUGGCAUGAGUACUGAUGGUGCGCAUGCGGACUGAAUGGCAAGUUAACAAUAGCGGGCACAUUGAUAUGAGAACCAAGGUGCUAUUUAGUAAAUCAACGGAACACUUCUUUCUUACCAGGUUGUUGGUCGGUUCGUGUUCGUCUUAUUUUAGCAUUUUUUUCCGCGUUACAUUUCAGGGCCGGGUCGUUCAAAGCUGGGUUAAGAUCGAUAACCCAAGAUUAGUGUGAAAUUUGAUUUCAGAUCUGAAAGCUUAAAAAAAGAU